AUGGUCAACUUCACGAUUGAGGAGAUUCGGGCCUUGAUGGACAAGCCCACGAACGUGCGCAACAUGUCCGUCAUUGCGCAUGUCGAUCACGGCAAGUCCACCCUGACCGACUCUCUUCUGGCUAAGGCCGGUAUCAUUUCUACCGGUAAGGCUGGUGAGGCUCGCGCGACAGAUACGCGAGCCGAUGAACAAGAACGUGGUAUUACUAUUAAGUCCACUGCCAUUUCCCUCUACGGCAGCUUGCCCGAUGAGGAGGAUCUCAAGGACAUUGUUGGCCAGGAGUCCAACGGCAAGGACUUCCUGAUCAACCUCAUUGACUCCCCCGGCCACGUCGACUUCUCGUCCGAGGUCACUGCUGCUCUUCGUGUCACUGAUGGUGCCCUCGUCGUCGUCGACACUGUCGAGGGUGUCUGCGUCCAGACUGAGACUGUGCUUCGCCAGGCCCUUGCUGAGCGCAUCAAGCCUGUUGUUAUCAUUAACAAGGUUGACCGUGCUCUGCUCGAGCUUCAGGUCACCAAGGAGGACCUUUACCAGUCCUUCUCCCGCACCAUCGAGUCGGUCAACGUCAUCAUCUCUACCUAUCUUGACAAGGCCCUUGGCGACGUUCAGGUCUACCCCGAAAAGGGUACCGUCGCUUUCGGCUCUGGUCUCCACGGCUGGGCUUUCACUAUCCGCCAGUUCGCCACCCGCUACGCUAAGAAGUUCGGUGUUGACCGCAACAAGAUGAUGGAGCGUCUCUGGGGCGACAACUACUUCAACCCCAAGACCAAGAAGUGGACCAAGAGCCCGACUGCUGCUGACGGCACCCAACUUGAACGUGCCUUCUGCCAGUUCAUCCUCGACCCCAUCUUCAGGAUCUUCAAUGCUGUCAUGAACUUCAAGAAGGAUGAGGUCAACACACUCCUUGAUAAGCUGAACCUCAAGCUUCCCGCUGAGGACCGCGACAAGGAGGGCAAGCAACUUCUGAAGGCCGUCAUGCGUACUUUCCUGCCGGCUGCUGACUGCCUGCUGGAAAUGAUGAUCCUGCACCUCCCGUCGCCCGUCACGGCCCAAAAGUAUCGUGUCGAGACCCUCUACGAGGGUCCUCUGGACGAUGAGGCUGCCAUCAGUAUCCGUGACUGCAACCCUAACGGCCCUCUGAUGUUGUAUGUCUCCAAGAUGGUGCCGACCUCCGAUAAGGGUCGCUUCUAUGCUUUCGGCCGUGUCUUCUCCGGUACCGUCCGCUCCGGUCUCAAGGUCCGCAUCCAGGGUCCCAACUACACCCCUGGCAAGAAAGACGAUCUCUUCAUCAAGGCUAUCCAGCGUACCGUCCUGAUGAUGGGCGCCAAGGUUGAACCCAUUGAUGACCUGCCCGCCGGCAACAUCGUUGGUCUGGUCGGCAUUGACCAGUUCCUGCUCAAGUCUGGUACCCUCACCACCAGCGAGACGGCCCACAACCUCAAGGUCAUGAAGUUCUCUGUCUCGCCCGUCGUGCGCCGCUCUGUCCAGGUCAAGAACGCUGCCGAUCUUCCCAAGCUUGUCGAAGGUCUCAAGCGUCUGUCCAAGUCGGAUCCUUGCGUCCUGUGCUACACCUCUGAGUCUGGCGAGCACGUCGUUGCUGGCGCUGGUGAGCUUCACCUUGAGAUUUGCCUGAAGGAUCUCGAGGAGGACCACGCCGGUGUUCCUCUCAACAUUUCGGACCCUGUCGUCCAGUACCGUGAGACUGUCACUUCCAAGUCGAGCAUGACUGCCCUGUCCAAGUCUCCUAACAAGCACAACCGUUUGUACAUGGUUGCUGAGCCUCUUGAUGAGGAGCUCUGCAAGGAGAUCGAGGCUGGACGCAUCUCGCCUCGGGACGAUUUCAAGGCCCGCGCCCGUGUCCUCGCUGACGACUUCGGCUGGGAUGUCACCGAUGCCCGCAAGAUUUGGGCUUUCGGUCCCGAUACCACUGGCGCCAACCUGCUGGUCGACCAGACCAAGGCCGUCCAGUACCUGCAGGAAAUCAAGGAUUCUGUUGUCUCCGGUUUCCAGUGGGCCACUCGCGAGGGUCCCCUUGGUGAGGAGCCGAUGCGCUCCAUCCGCUUCAACAUCCUUGAUGUUACUCUGCACGCUGAUGCCAUCCACCGUGGUGGUGGCCAGAUUAUUCCCACUGCUCGUCGUGUGCUGUACGCCGCAACUCUCUUGGCCGAGCCUGCUCUCCUCGAGCCCAUCUUCCUUGUCGAGAUUCAGGUUCCCGAGAGCGCCAUGGGCGGCGUCUACGGCGUCCUCACCCGCAGGAGAGGUCACGUCUUCAGCGAGGAGCAGCGCCCAGGCACUCCUCUCUUCAACAUCAAGGCCUAUCUGCCCGUCAUGGAGUCUUUCGGCUUCAAUGGCGAUCUGCGUGCUGCUACUUCUGGUCAGGCCUUCCCUCAGUCUGUCUUCGAUCACUGGCAGGUUCUUCCUGGUGGUUCUCCUCUGGAUCCUACUACCAAGGUUGGCCAAGUUGUCCAGGAGAUGCGCAAGCGCAAGGGUCUCAAGGUGGAGGUCCCGGGCUACGAGAACUACUACGACAAGCUCUAA